AAUAACUUGUAUGAUCCUUGGAACCAUGCAUGGCCGUAUCAUGGGGGUUUUGAUUGUGUGUACUGCAACCUAAAGCACAAAGGUGGAGGUGCAACCCGUGUUGCGGAGCACCUUGGUGGUAUUGUAGGUAAUGUGAGGAGCUGCCCCAAUGUGCCAAGAAAUGUGAGAGAUGCAAUGAGAGAGUGAUGGGAUGAAUCAAAGAGGAAGAAAAGAGACAAACAAAAUAGCAGGCUGAGAAUUGAAAGAAAUAUUAUGGAAGGGUUGUAUCAAAAAGGAGGGGUGAUUAACAUACUAGAUGAUGAUGAAGAAGAAAUUCAGAUGAAUAUUAGAGAGGCCUUGCGUGACCCAAAUGUCUCCCGCGGAGUUGAAAGGAGGAUUGGUAGGGGGGCGUGGGUGAUGUGCGGGUUUCUGUUGGCAAAAGAAGUAUCACUGCCUAUUUUGACAAACAAUUAUCCAGCAACAAAGUAUCUAUGCAGCCCAAGAUCAGUAGUGCUUUGGAUCCUAAUUCAAGAGAUGCACUUGGCCUAGCUUGGUCCAAGUUUUUUCAUGCCAAUGAUAUUGCUGGACGUAAAGCUGAUUGCCCAUACUUCCGAGUUGCUGUGAAGAUCACUCAACAAUUAGGGCCUGCUCCUAUACCAACCGCGAAGGAGAUUGAUGGGAAAUAUUUGGAGGCUAACUAUGAUGAAGCUACUUCCUUUCUUCAAAAAUUUAAACAAGAUUGGAAAAACUUCGGUGUGACUCUUAUGUGUGACUCUUGGACUGGUCCAACAGGAAUGAGCCUCAUAAACUUCAUGGUAUAUUGUAAUACACGAAUGUUCUUCCUCAAUACCAUUGAUGCAUCCGGUCAGACUCAGAAUUCAGACUUUAUCUAUAGAGAGAUUGAUAAGGUUGUAGAAGAGAUAGGCCAUGAACAUAUUGUUCAAAUAGUAACCGAUAAUGGGUCCAACUAUAAGAAAGCUUGCAAAACCCUUAUAGAAGAACCAAAAUACUCUCAUAUUGUUUGGCAACCGUGUGCUGCCCACACCGUCAAUAUUAUGUUAAAAGAUAUAGCCAAAUUUCCCGAGGUUGAUGUGAUAGUCAAGAGUGCCAAGACAAUCUGUAGGUUCUUGCAUAAGCACAAUAACCUACAUGAUAACAUGAAGAAGAACAUAGGUGGUGAACUAAUUAGACCAAAUGCCACCCGUUUUGGGACUGUCUUCAUGUUCCUUGAGAGUUACCAUUUGAAGAAAGAUAAAUUUAGGGAGUGGAUGGUUUCGACUGAUUGGAAGGAGUGUCAGUGGAGGUAUGAGCCUGGAUAUGUGUUUGCUGAAGAAUGUUUGUCUAGUAAUGUUUGGUGGAACACGCUAGAGUGGGUAUUGGGUUCGUUGAGGCCACUUUAUAAGGCCAUGAGGUAUGCUGAUACACAGAAACAAUGCACUCUUUCUGGAUUCAAGAAAAGUAUGAUGCUCGCUAUACAAGGGAUGGAAGCACAUCUAGGCCCUACAUCAAGGUUGUACCUUAGUUUCAUGUGCAAGGUGGGCAAGAGGAUAGAGGCAAUGGAAGAAGAUACAUUUAUGGUUGCAGCUGCUGUCCUUGAUCCAUAUACACAUUACAAGCUCAACCUUUGCAACCAUACAGAUUAUGCUACCUCACUAACAGAUGCGAUAGCGAAGAUAUUAGAUCCAAAGAGUGCUCUUUCAGCCAUUGAUGAUGUAAGUAAGUUUAGGGAGUGCCAAGGGAGGUUUGGGACCAGAUUAGCAGAAGAAGUUGCGGCGAGAAUGGAGCCAACCCAAUGGUGGUUUCAAUUUGGAGGGGAUGUUCCUGCAUUGCAGAAGUGUGCAAUGAGAAUUUGCUCACAAUGUGUCUCAUCAAGUGGGUGUGAGAGGAAUUGGAGCGCCUUUGCUUUGGUGCACACAAAGCAAAGAAAUCGUCUUUUAUAUGACAAGCUCCACAAGCUAGUUUCUGUAUGCUACAACCUAAAGAUACGUGCUGAAGAAGAUUAA